AUGGCACACCCACCACAGCCUGAUGCGCCUGAGAAUCAUAUGGAUGAUUUCGAGGAUGAAGAUGAAGCCAGCAACAAGCCAUGGCCACCUAGGCAUGCGUUGGCGGCACUUUGGGAAGAGGAUGUGGUCAUUAGGAAAACCCUGAGGGACAAUGGCAAAAUGUUGACAUGGCCCAAGAAGGCGUUAACCGGAAUUGCUACUCUCUCCGCUUUGUCCCAGAACCGAGCUGCCAUCAAUGAUGCUCUCACAAUUUGGGCUAGCCACGAAACCACCCCCAAGAGCCCACCCGUUGAAUGGCUGAAGGAUGAGGUGAAGCAGCUCUACGUCCUGGUGAAUGUCGAGGUCAAACCUGUCAACCUCUACCUUGAUGCUCGGGGGGUCAAAUGGAUGAUUUCCCUGUGCUUGAGGCGGUGGAGGUCCCCCAUCAAUAACUUCAGGGACUCUUGGAUCAACAUCAAGGUUUUCCCCUACGACCCACAAGUUUUAGUGUGUUUUUUUCAGGGUUCAGACAGUUCAGACAUGAAAACAAGUUAUGAUAAUGGUUUACCAUGA